CAAAAGAUGGCAGACAUGGACGUAAAUAGAGAAAAGAAACAAGGACAAUCUGAGAAUGGAGAUCAUGACCAGCAAACGCCAAACAAGGCGCAGCUGGUUUUGCCUCAAAUAUCCCAGCUGGUAUCGAACCCUUGGGCCCCUCACUGGCCCUCACUUUUAUAUACGAAACUUCUGCUUCCUCCCUUCUCCACAACCCCCCACACCUUCACCUUCAACAAAAAUAUGGCCAAAGGUGGGAAGCUAACCAUCACCAAGCUCAGGGCCGCAGUCCUCAAGAAGUGGCCCUCCAUGGGCAAGCUCGGGCGCUCCACCAGCAGCGCCAUAGCCGCCGUGGACGGUGGCGACGGGGAAGGGCUGAGGGCGGUCUACGUGGGCAAGUCGCGGCGGCGGUACCUGGUGCGGCCGGAGGUGGCGGACCACCCCGUGUUUCAGGAGCUGGCGGAGAGGUCCACCGACAGCGGAGGCGGCGACGGGGUGACGGUCUCGUGUGAGGUGGUUCUGUUCGAGCACUUGCUGUGGAUGCUGGAAAAUGGCGGCGCGGAGGUGGAGUCCAUGGACGAGCUCGUGGAGUUUUACAGCUGCUGAUCGUGAUCCCCUGUGCUCGCCCACACGGGUACAUGCGUGGGAACGCAUUUGUAACGUUGUAAAUUUUUAGAUGGUAAUAAUGAUGAGCGGCGUAGGGAGGUAGAUAGGAUCAUGGGAGUAGAAUGAGAACCUGUCUGGUUGACCGUCAUCUGUUUCGACGGUGAGGAUUAACCCUUGUAUUUUUUUUCUCCUAGAUUUUACUUCUGCUGAUGUUAAGGAUUGUCGUUGUCAUAUAUGGAAUCCAAAUUAUGCAGAAUUAUAUUUA